AUGUGGCGGACCCUCACACUGCGACUCUCGCGGCGUGGCGCACUUUUUGUCUCCAAGAAGAACCUGCGUUUGCGGUGUGGCACCUGCCGUCGCCUGCUGCCCGCGGCGCACUUCAACAAGGCCACCACUUUGUCGCAGUCUAUUGUCUGCGUGGACUGCAAGCGUCUGUGCGUCCUCUGCGGUCUGCACCUCACAUUGGACCACUUCACGGACGCCAGCGCUGAGCUGUGCGACAGCUGCCUGGCAAAACGGCACGUGGCACAGGAGAAUGUUUACUUCCGCUACCCCGUACUUAAGUACCGCGCCUGCCCCUUUAGUGUCGACCAGAUGCGGGAGGAGAUUCGCCACGAAGAAGGCCCACGAAGAUGA